AGAUAUUGUGGGGUAUAUUACACUCUGGUAUUAACGCUAGGAAACAACAAUAGAUAAUCUUAAAUAUCUUAUUAUCUGAAUAAAAAAUCAGAUAAUACUUUCUCGUACACUAUGCCAUCUGAAGCUGCUAAACGCCGGGCAAACAAAAAGAAAGAAGCCGCAAAGAAUCGACAAAGACCAGCUAAGAAGGCUGAAGAAGAAGAAGAAGUUCCUGAAACAAAUGGAACUACGAACGGUGUCUCAACCAACGGAAUAACAAAUGGAUUCAAGAAAGGUCUCGUAAUAACGGAUGGAGAAGCUGACAAGGAAGCAAGAUCUUGUACUGGAGUUUUAGCUUCACAUCCAAUAUCUUCGGAUCUUCAUAUUUAUAAUUAUUCGUGCACCUACCAUGGCCAGGUGUUGUUUCAAGAUACGAACUUAGAGUUGAACUGUGGGAACCGAUACGGAUUGAUUGGUGCCAAUGGUUGUGGUAAAUCCACUAUGUUGGCAACGCUGGGUGGCAGAGAAGUUCCAAUUCCCGACCAUAUUGAUUCCUUUCAUUUAAAAAAUGAAGCCCCACCUUCAGACAUCACCCCCAUUAAAUAUGUGCUUGAUGUUGCAGAUGAAAGACACAGAUUAGAAGCAGAUGCUGAGAAAAUAAUGGCAGUUGAUCCUGAAAGCGAUCAAUUGUUCAAGAUCUACGAACGUUUGGAUGAACUGGGAGCGGACAUGGCAGAAGUCACGGCAUCUCGUAUCCUGCAUGGUCUCGGAUUCACGGCCGAGAUGCAGAAGAAGAAGUUGUCGGACUUCUCUGGAGGUUGGAGGAUGAGAGUAUCACUUGCCAGGGCAUUAUUCUUAAAGCCAUAUCUGUUGUUACUUGAUGAACCCACCAACCAUCUUGAUCUUGAUGCUUGUGUAUGGCUGGAGGAAGAAUUGAAAAAGUUCAAACACAUCCUUGUACUCGUGUCGCAUUCUCAAGAUUUUUUGAAUGGUGUUUGCACAAAGAUAAUCCACAUGAAUCUGAAGAAACUUAAUUAUUUUUCAGGUAAUUACGAUGCGUUUAUUAAAACUCGAGGUGAAUUGGUGGAAAAUCAAAUGAAACGUUACCAGAAGGAACAAGAUCAAAUUAACCACAUGAAGGAUUACAUCGCUAGAUUUGGUCACGGAAGUGCUAAGCUCGCCAGGCAAGCACAGAGCAAAGAAAAAACUCUUGCAAAAAUGGUGGACAAAGGAUUAACAGAGCGUGUACGAGAAGAAAGCACCUUCAACUUUUACUUCCCUGAAUGUUCAAAACUUGCCCCUCCCGUGCUUAUGGUGCAAAAUAUUAGUUUCCGAUAUUCAGAUGAAACUCCCCAAAUUUACAAAGACGUCGAAUUCGGAGUCGACAUGGACACCAGGUUGGCGUUGGUCGGACCUAAUGGGGCAGGAAAAUCAACUUUGUUGAAACUGAUAAGUGGAGAGCUCAGUCCUACAGAUGGAAUUAUUAGAAGACACAGCCAUUUGAAGAUAGCAAGAUAUCAUCAGCAUCUGCAAGACCACAUUGAUGUAAACCUCACACCAUUGGAAUAUAUAAGGAAGUGUUAUCCAGAGGUCAAAGACGUGGAACAGUUAAGGAAAAUAAUUGGACGAUAUGGGAUCAGUGGAAAACAACAGCUAUGCCCAAUAAAGAAACUGUCAGAUGGGCAGAAGUGCCGUGUGGUAUUUGCAUGGCUGUCGUCCCAAAACCCCAACCUACUAUUACUUGACGAACCUACGAACCAUCUUGAUAUUGAAACAAUUGAUUCACUUGCCGAAGCAAUCAACGAAUUUAGUGGCGGUUUAAUCCUAGUGUCUCAUGACUUUAGACUUAUUGAUCAGGUAGCUAAAGAUAUUUGGGUUUGUGAGAACUGCACGGUAACUCCGUGGACACAAAACAUCAGAGCUUACAAAGAUUUGCUCAGGAAAAAAGUUUUAAACAGAGAAAAGAAAAUAUUGAAAGGUGAAAGUGCUGAUCAUAACGCUGGGAAAGUUAAGACAGCAGCUGUUCCUGUUAAAAAAGUUCCAUCUCCUGCAAGCAAAGGAAGUAUUAUUGGCAUUGUGAAACCUAAAGCCCCAGCCACUGUCGAUUUUUGGAAUGGCGAGGAUUAAAUCUGGAAACACUAAGUUGAAUUCAUCUGGAAACACUGCAUAUAGGAAAUUAAAUCUCUGGUGGUCACUGGCUGCCUGGAAUCUUGUGUUUUUUAGUAACGCGCAUGCGCAGUGUUGCCCGGAAUCGCAUAUUUAUUACUAGGCAAUUUCAAGUUUGUAUCAUAGGCAAUGUCUCUUAUUCUCUUUCUUGCGUGCGCGUCUGUUAUUGAUUGCAAACAGGGAGUUUCCUAUGCCGUUUUGGAGGGCGCGUAUAAAUUUCCCAUAAAUUUCAAUUAAAACCAAUAAAAAAACGGGACGCGCUGAACGUCUGGUCGAUGCCAAGUUCGAAAAACGCCCCAUUGGUUGAUGCGGUGACGUCUGUGGUAUGACGUCAUUUAUUUUCGUAUUUUCCUUGUUGAAAACCAAACCCCCCAAGUAUUUGUAUUUAUAAUGAAAACCACGUUGGUAGUCGUGGUGUGUAAAGAAAAUAAAAUGUGAAAAGAUUGGA